UGGACACAGAGACCUCCCUUACUCAGGCGAUUCAACAAGUGACCGCCGCGUCCACCACACCUGCCCUGGACAUACACUGGUAAGCUCAGAGAUUAUGCAUUCAAAGUGACCAAGGUGGAUGUCAUGCCUACAUUAAACCCUAUGGAAUGGAUCAGGGAGAGAAGGGGCUCCCUUCGUCUGGUGCUUGUAGUCGUAUGUGUGGCCCUCUUACUGGAUAACAUGCUUCUUACCGUUGUGGUUCCCAUCAUCCCUACCUUCCUGUAUGCCAUCGAGCAUCAGACGCAAAACCUCUCGUCUCUCACCCCCUCUGAGUCUUCAUCAGACUCCACACAGCCCACCUACACCUCCAUCCUAUCUCUUUACGACAACACUACAUACACCAUCAGCAACGCCAAUCUUUCCAUCUCCUCUGCUGCACCCAGUGCUGAUGGAGGUCCUGGGAUCCACAAUAGUUCUGCUCCGGGGUGUAAAGAGGACAGUGAGUUUUUGGAGGAGGAGAAUGUGAGAGUUGGGUUGCUGUUUGCCUCCAAAGCCCUGGUGCAGCUCAUUGUCAACCCUUUUGUGGGCCCUCUGACAAACAGGAUUGGAUAUCACAUACCAAUGUUUGCUGGAUUUGUCAUCAUGUUUGUCUCAACAAUAAUGUUUGCCUUCUCAGAGACUUACGGCUUGCUGUUUUUUGCCCGUUCGUUGCAGGGAAUUGGAUCUUCCUUUUCUUCUGUGGCAGGUCUUGGGAUGCUCGCCAGUGUGUACACAGAUGACAAUGAGAGGGGAAUUGCCAUGGGAAUCGCACUGGGAGGACUUGCCAUGGGAGUACUCAUUGGAGCGCCUUUCGGCAGCGUUAUGUAUGAGUUUGUUGGUAAAAGUUCUCCCUUCCUUGUCCUUGCGUUCCUGGCUCUUUUUGAUGGAGCCCUCCAGCUCUGUAUUCUUCAGCCCUCCAAAAUAUCUCCAGGGAGCGUGGAAGGAACCCCAUUGCUUACCUUGUUAAAGGAUCCUUACAUCCUCAUUAGUGCAGGGUCAUUGUGCUUUGCAAACAUGGGAGUGGCUAUAUUAGAGCCCACUCUUCCCAUCUGGAUGAUGCAAACAAUGUGCUCACCGAAAUGGCAGCUUGGUAUGGCUUUCCUACCAGCCAGUGUGUCUUACCUCAUUGGGACGAAUCUCUUUGGUGUACUGGCCAAUAAAAUGGGAAGGUGGUUAUGUUCCAUGAUUGGGAUGCUUAUAGUUGGCGUCAGUCUUCUUUGUGUUCCCUUUGCCAAGAACAUCUAUGGGCUCAUUGGUCCUAAUGGAGGGUUGGGAUUUGCCAUUGGAAUGGUUGAUUCUUCUAUGAUGGCUAUAAUGGGUUACCUCGUGGAUAUCAGACAUGCCUCUGUCUAUGGGAGUGUAUACGCAAUUGCUGAUGUGGCACUUUGCAUGGGCUUUGCUGUCGGUCCAUCCACUGGAGGGGCCAUAGUAAGAUCAAUUGGCUUUCCCAAUCUUAUGGUGAUAAUAGGCAUUAUCAACAUCCUGUAUGCACCUCUUUGCUUUUUUCUCAAAAAUCCUGCUGUUCGGGAGGAGAAGAUGGCUAUUAUAAAUCAAGAGUGUCCAAUGCGAGUCAAGAGCUACAGUACUCAACGUGAGUACAGAGAAUUUCCACUGAGUGAUGAGAGUGAAGAGGACACAGAAGAGUGACAUAUAUUCAUAAAGGAACCAUCAAGCCUGCCAGCAGCCCUGAUUCAAGUCCUACAAGGUUUUAAUGAUUCAUAUUAACUUUCUCUUUCAAUAAUUUGUGUCCAAAUUGUAUGUGGUUACUUAAAUGUUACUGUUUUCUUGUUAUUGUCUGCUUGUAAAUUAUUGUUUACCUUUGUCUUAUAUCUUGCUAGUGGUUUUGAAUGAAACAAAAAGUGUAAUUGUUUUCAUUUGUUGACUUUUCAUUUUGGUUUGUCUAUACUCAUAAGAUAGGCUAUGAAUGAUAUUGGAAAUAGCAAUCACUAUUAUAAACACAUACAAAUGUAUAUUUGAAUUUAUUCACAGCGUCAUUCAUUUGUGCUUUUGUUAAAACUGGACAAUAUCUCCUGUGACGCAAUAGCAAUUUCCUCUGGAUGAAUCAAAUAUUAUUGAAUUUAAUCACUUCCACUUCAAGUUGAAAGAGCAGGAAGUUGUGUAAGAGAGAUGUGACUCGUGAUUUUCUUGUGUGGGCAAUGGAUUUAAACCAAACAUGAAUUAAUAACCGGGUUACACACUUUUCUAAGCUUUCACACCUGAGUAAACAGACCGAGUUGUGACAAUUACGAGAGAAUUUCGAGAGAAUUUUCGCCUGCUUUAUCUGCCCGAUAAAAAAAACCAUUUCUCUUAUCUGAAUAUCCACUCCAUUUAAACUUAAAGCAGAUAUUAACCCAUUGUCAGACGCCCUUUGACCCCAGAUAACCUUAAAUUAAAUAUUAACCUUACAUUUAAAACUUAAGAUUUGAUCGUUUUUAUUAAUUAAAAAAUCUUUGAAUAGUCUUUAUAAUACACGUAACAAUAUUGUGUUUGAAAUCAAUUAUUUUAUUUGAAUAAAUUAUGAAUUAUGUA